AGCGGCAGGUGCGCGCCGCCCAACGGCCGUUCGCACACCGGGGUGCCAGCGCCACAGAAGUCCCCGGGAGAGCCCGAGGCGCUGCGCCCGCAGCCCCGAACUCCCGCAGCCUCGGAGCGCGGUGCACAGUCCCGGUCUUCACUCCCUCUUCCCACACCCGCUCCUUUCGGCCGCAGCUCCGGUCCCAGAGACCGACUUGCCCCAGAGACUUAGACGCCGCAGCCCCGAAGGACCAAUGAGAGCCCCGCUGCUGCCGCCGGUGCCGGUGGUGCUGUCGCUCUUGAUCCUCGGCUCAGGCCAUUAUGCUGCUGGAUUGGACCUCAAUGACACCUACUCUGGGAAGAGUGAACCAUUUCCUGGGGACCAAAGUGCUGAUGGAUUUGAGGUUACCUCAAGAAGUAAGAUGUCUUCAAGAAGUGAGAUUUCACCUGAGAGUGAAAUGUCUUCUAGUAGUGAACUGUUGUCGGGAACUGACUAUGACUAUUCAGAAGAGUAUGAUAAUGAACCACAAAUACCUGGCUAUAUUGUAGAUGAUUCAGUCAGAGUUGAACAGGUAGUUAAACCCCCAAAAAACAAGACAGAAAGUGAAAAUACUUCAGAUAAACCCAAAAGAAAGAAAAAAGGAGGCAAAAGUGGAAAAAAUAGAAGAAACAGAAAGAAGAAAAAUCCAUGUAAUGCAAAAUUCCAGAAUUUCUGCAUUCAUGGAGAAUGCAAAUAUAUAGCACACCUGGAAGUGGUAACAUGCAAUUGUCAGCAAGAUUACUUUGGUGAACGGUGUGGGGAGAAGUCCAUGAAAACUCACAGCAUGACUGACAGUAAUUUAUCUAAAAUUGCAUUACCAGCCAUAGUUGCCUUUAUAUCUGCCAUGAUCCUCACAGCUAUUGCUGUUAUUACAGUCCAGUUUGGAAAACGAUACUUAAGAAAAUAUGAAGGAGAAGCUGAGGAAAGAAAGAAACUUCGGCAAGAAAAUGGAAAUGUACAUGCCAUAGCAUAACUGAAGAUAAAGUCACAGGAUAUCACAUUGGAGUCACUGCCAAGUCAUGACCAUAGAUGAUGAGUUGGUCCUCUUUCCAGUGGAUCAUAAGACAGUGGAAUCUUUUUGUUACAAUGGUUUUAAACUUGCAAUUGUCACUUUUUAUACUAUUUCUGUAUAUAAAGGUGCACGAAGGCAAAAAGUAUUUUUUCAAGUUGUAAAUAAUUUAUUUAAUAUUUAAUGGAAGUGUAUUUAUUUUACAGCUCAUUAAACUUUUUUAAUCAAACAGA